AUGAUGGACGAGACGGUCGCGCUUGCAACUGCUGGCAUCAACUACCUUGCCAGCAACCUGCACAACCCAUCGAUUGCAAGCGACUUUCAAGCAUUGCAUGCACAACGCGAGGUGUCCCAAGCAAAAUUACAGGCACGCGCUCGUUUCAUCCAAACCAAGUGGUUCAAUGCACGGUUUCGGACUUUGUCUGUACUGCCAAAGCUCGAACUACCCCCCUUCUCGUUGCGCGACUCCGUCGCAGCGCAACUCCCUUCAACCCCUCGAGACAUGGAGCUGCUCGAAAAGGAGGUCGCAGCGUACAGCGCCCACCUGGAGAUUCGCGUGAGUCAAAGUCGGGAAAACCAGCGCCGCAUUGCUGCCGAAUCCUUGCAGCAACAGCAAGCUGAUGUUGCACGGCGCAAACGUCAAUUGCACCUAAAGCAAACACGAUUCGAGCAGGUACAGCAUCGAUGGGCAUACUUUUCGCAACAACUUGCUCGUCGACAACGCCAGCGCCGCAUGUCGGACGUGAAAGCUGCCCACAUCCAGCAGGAGUAUGCAUGCGAAGAACCAGAUUAUUUUCCCUCAGCAUUCGCUCCUCAUCCCAAGCCGCACAAUCUCCACUUGCCGAGAGAAUUAAUCGACGACUAUGUGUCGAGCAUCAUUGACCACGCCAUUUCCCGCGCAACAUGGAUGCUGGAAAUGCAAGCUCUCCCUCGCCGGCCCGUCUUCAGCGCCCUGAAGCGCCCGCCAUCAUCAGAUCAUCGCCAUGACCACCACAUUGUCUUACACGUCGCAAUGUUGCUAUGUCCGAAUCCAUUUGGAUCGCACUUUGGCCUGAUGUACCAGCGCUAUUUUGCCAAGCACGCAGUGGACGCCAACGUUGUGUUUGAGUGGACCAUCUUCGACGUUGCGAGCCUCGAUUUCCCCACCCAAGCCAUGCAACGGUGUUUUGACGGAUUCUUCGUCUGCGGGGCGCCGGACGUGUCUCAUGCCGUCGCCGACCACAUAGCCCACAGGUCGGCCCCGUGGUACACUGCCCUCGUCGACUUUGUUCGAGCGUUGGUGGCGCAAGAUCGACCGGUAGGAGCACUCGGACGGGGCCACGUCGUUUUGGCCGAAGCGUUGGGUGGUCGCAUCGUACGACGUUCGACGUGGCAGCGUGCCAACAACGUUCUCGAAGAAAAGGUGACCACUGGCUUCAAGCAAGUGCUCACGAGGGUGCGCAGUCUCCACACAUUGCACGGCGAGUACGUUGCUUCAUUGUCGCACCCGACAAUCCGCGCGGUGUCCAGCUUACCGAUCCCUGGUUCCAUGUACCCGUUCGUAUCAUGCAUGAAAACCAAACACGUCUUGUCGUACGACGGGUACCCCGAAUGCAACAGCCUCGUGUUCGACCUCUUGUCUCGUGUAUUUGAUCCCGACCAUGGCACGUCGUUGAAUCUCUUCAAGAAGACACCGAGCGGUAGCGCUGGAUCGAUCGCAUUGAAAUGGGUGAGUGCCGGGCCGAUGGUCGCCCACCAGUUUAUCCAAUUGUAUAUCCCUGGCGCCGUAGCCCGCUCGAAAGCUAGCCACGAAGGCGGCCUGCGCUCUGUCAUCCACAACGUCCGCAAUGUCGCCGUGGCUAUUUAUGCCAUGAAGUCUCCCGUCCCACACGUCGAUUUCAUCUCCGACACGGAAGAAUACAUUUCGUUUGCCAUCAACGAACACGUCGAGUCGAUCGUGCUCGGCAUCAACUUGUCCAGAGACGAUCACCCGAUUGUGUUUCCUCGGUCGUGCCUGAACGACAUGACGGACGUGGUCGAAGUGUUUCCGUCGCUGUUUUACUCGCCCACGCGAAAAAAACACCGCCUUCCCAACCAACACCACGAAAUUGCUCAAGUGCACAUUCCACGACUCACGCUGCACGAACUCAAGUCGCUCACGAUCUUACAUGCUUAUCAAAGCCGCCACGUGGUCAAGUCGCCACGCCUUAUCCCUGGCAGCUCGUCCAGCAGCCACAACCGACUACUGACUCUGUACACUGCGCUGAAACGCAUCGCGGAAAUAUUCGAGCGCCAACGGCAAGUCCUUCAUCCGUCGAAUUAUAGCUCGGCAAAAGCAGGCGCAGUUGUUCCUCCGCUCCACGUGACCUUCACUUUUCCAGACGAAGACUCCCCGACCUUUGUGAACUACUCGCCUUUGGACAUUCAGAGGUGGUGGCGAGUGCUGAAUGGCGCGAUUGCAGCGCUCAACCACCCGACUUUGCUCACAAAGCUUACAAUCGUAUCACGGGACGCAACGUUGCUCCAAAUUCUGCGCAAGAUGCAGCCUGCAUGGGACUACGUGUUCGUCCUGCCAGUCGUGACAACUUUCCAAAACGCCAUGGACGUUCGUCGCCAUGCCAAAAUCUUUGCCCGGUUUGCUGACGGCAUUCUGCUUCAAAAAAAUCACGAGUUUAUUGCGUGUCCGUCGCCAAUUGCCCACCGCAUGGGCCCCAUCGAUCUCGUGUCGGUGGUCGACUUGUAUCACGAUGUCGGUUUGCGCGUAUUCGUGAAUGCCAACAGCUCCGAAAACGUCACAACAACCAUCCUUGGUGCGACCAGCGGCCCUGUCCGCGAGCAGCUUGCUUUCGUACUCCUUGGCGUUGACGGGAUCUUCACAUCCAACCCCCAUCCAGUUCAAGACGCGAGGAAGCUCUUUGCCGAGAACCACUCAGUCGUGGACGAGGUUCGUGAGGCCAUUCAUGCACAUUGCCUUGCCGCGACGGAAAAAAUGGAAUUGAACCGUUCGGCCGAAUGCGAGCACCUCACAAAUGAUGACGGGUACAGGUUAUACGCCCACCACUAUUACAACCUUCCGCUGGAAUCCCACGAAUUCGACCACUGGCAAGAACGACGCGCUCCGCAUUCAACAUCGCAGCACACCUCGUUUCUCGUGUCCCUUGAUGCUGUAUUGGAUCACAUCGACCGCCUUCAUGCCGUCGACGUUGCAGCCGAAGCUUGCCGGCAGCAACUCAACGUCACCGCAGCGCCUCCAUUACAACCAGAUAACCUGCGGCGGGACUUGUCCGUGGCUGUCAAAACGCCCACUCUGGAUCAAGCAAACGCAACCGCAGCGUCGGGCUUGCAUUUCGGAGUCGUCACUUCGUACUCGAUGACAACGAUGAGUCCAAGUGGAAAGCGCUCGCAGUCCAACAAAUCCCAGCGCGUCCACCGAAGCCGACAAUAA